GAGCUACUACUAGUGGAAGAUCUUUAAGAGGAGCUACUACUAGUGGAAGAUCUUUAAGAGGAGCUACUACUAGUGGAAGAUCUUUAAGAGGAGCUACUACUAGUGGAAGAUCUUUAAGAGGAGCUACUACUAGUGGAAGAUCUUUAAGAGGAGCUACUACUAGUGGAAGAUCUUUAAGAGGAGCUACUACUAGUGGAAGAUCUUUAAGAGGAGCUACUACUAGUGGAAGAUCUUUAAGAGGAGCUUCUACUAGUGGAAGAUCUUUAAGAGGAGCUACUACUAGUGGAAGAUCUUUAAGAGGGGGAGAAGAAGACCAAUAGUGUCUAUUCAGACACAAUUCAAACCGAUAGUGUCUAUUGACUCUACUCAGACUAAAGGAGAAAGCCAAAAACUUUGUUGUCGAGGAUGUCUUGGCUGUCGCCCAUGUCAUGGGCCAAGUGGACGUGGACAGCAGUCCGGGGAGCAGAGGAGGUGGAGGGCCAGGAGGUGAAGGAGGAAGAUGGACUGCUGCCUUGUGGAGGGCAGCGAGAGGAGGAGGAAGAAGAGAGAUCUCAAGGCUGCAGUUCAGACUCAGAGGGCCACUUUGAAACCCCAGAGGCUCAGAGCCCUGUCCAUGCUCCACUCCAAGUCCCAGAAGAGCUGGAGACCUUCACCACUGACAGAGCAGAUGCCCUGGAGGAGGAGGAUGAACAGCUGAUAGUGUCUGGCCCAGCCAGAGAUCCAGCUCCUAGCCUCCUAUUUAACCAGAACAUGGGUCAGGCCAAGCCCCCCUUGGUCCCUGAGGAGGAGGCCCCUGUGGACUCUAAGGAGGGGCCACAAACACUGCCCAACACCACAGACACUGCAGAGGUUCAACCCGCAAUAGCAGGCCCAUCAGCCCAGACCAAUGGAGCAGCAAAGGCCACUGCUUCUCUUAACUUAGGUCUAUCUGAGGAGGAUAGACCACUGGCUACUUCACUAGACUUAGGCCUACCUGAGGAGAAUAGACAACUGGCUACUUCUCUAGAUUUAGGCCAAACUGAUGAGGAUAGACCACUGGAUACCUCUCUAGACUUAGGCCUACCUGAGGAGGUGAGGCCACUGGCUACUUCUCUAGACUUAGGCUUAACUGAGGAGGAUAGACCACUGGCUACUUCUCUAGACUUAGGCCUAACUAAGGAGGCUAGCAUUACUAAGACGCUUUGUAAUGGACACCCCAUAGAGACCAUCCCUGAACCUCAGGCCAAACCCACUAAAACCACACCCCCUUCCCUGAAGAUAAAGGGAGCUUUUUCCAGGGCUAGUGCACAGAGGGAUGGGGACAGUGAUAUCACCCUAGUCCCUAAGGCUAGCUACAACUUCAACCCGGACCAAUUCGACGGCAGCUUCAAUCCGUUCGCCAGCGGCGGCUCCAAGAUUCAAAACUCCCCGCCAAGAGAUGCCCUGCCCACAAUGGAGUCGCUACCUGUACCUAGCUCCCUGCCCACAAUGGAGUCGCUACCUGUACCUAGCUCCCUGCCCACAAUGGAGUCGCUACCUGUACCUAGCUCCCUGCCCACAAUGGAGUCGCUACCUGUAACUAGCUCCCUGCCCACAAUGGAGUCGCUAACUGUACCUAGCUCCCUGCCCACACUGGGGUCGUUACCUGUACCUAGCUCCCUGCCCACACUGAAGUCGUUACCUGUACCUAGUUCCCUGCCCACACUGGGGUCGCUACCUGUACUUAGCUCCCUGCCCACACUGGGAUCGCUACCUGUACCUAGCUCCCUGCCCACACUGGGGUCGUUACCUGUACCUAGCUCCCUGCCCACACUGGGGUCGUUACCUGUAUGCAGCUCCCUGCCCACACUGGGGUCGCUACCUGUACUUAGCUCCCUGCCCACACUGGGGUCGCUACCUGUACCUAGCUCCCUGCCCACACUGGGGUUGUUACCUGUACUUAGCUCCCUGCCCACACUGGGGUCGCUACCUGUACCUAGCUCCCUGCCCACACUGGGGUCGCUACCUGUACUUAGCUCCCUGCCCACACUGGGGUCAUUACCUGUAUGCAGCUCUUCUCCACCGCUUUGUGGGACUAGUUCCUCACCUAAAAUGGAUGUUGAGGAGGUCAAAGAUUCAGCGUCGGAGGCAUCAGAAGAGCCCAAGCCUGUGGAGAUAGAGUUUGGGUUAGACGAGGCAGGUGAGGUAAAAAAAACACCGCCCAGGAGGAUGGGUAAAACGCCCGGCAGCAAGCUCGCCGUCAAGAAACUAAGGGCAAAAGCAACGACAACAGCACCUGCCCCGACGCCGGCACCCGAACCAGUAAUAGCUCACCCGGUAGUAGAGCCGGUUUCAGAAACGACUUCCGAACCACUUUCCAUACCAGGUCCCUCCUUAAGUUUGGACGACGUUCCUAUUCCCAAGUCCACUUAUACAUUUGACCCCAACCAGUGGGAAGACCCUAAUUUGAUCCCCUUUUGGGGUGGUGGUGUCAAAAUAAGUAGUUCCCCAGUUUUGCCCAAAGGAUCCUACAGCUUUGAUCCUCACAACUUUGACAACUAUGUGGACCCCUUUAAGCCAUCUACAGCCCUGGGCUGCGGGAACUCAACCUCCCGGGAUACCCCACUUCCUCCGCCAGCAGAGGAAGCAGUGAAACCAAAGCUGGAGCGGCCCCUGGAUGAGGGGAAGAGAAUGUGUCAGACUCCAAAGAAAAGCAAGGACAGGAUCAUCAUGACCACUGAACAAGUGAAGUUUCUCUGUUUUCUGUUGAAUUCGUGUAAGGUCAAGAAGUAUGAAAACCAGUCCCUGGUCCUGAAUAUCUGCAAUCAGGAAGAGGAUGUGGUUGUGUCACAGGUCCAAGAAAUGCCCCGCCGCGUUCGCCAUGCCACCGAUGAGGAAAAGCUGGCUUGUAGUGAAAUCAUGGGCCAGAAAGCCAAGGAGGAGGCCGGGGUGGAGGUGGAGGAGGAAGAAGACUCAGUGUGUGCCAAAGGCCCAGCUAAAGGCCCAACCAAAGGCCUGGCCAUCACAGACAAUGUCAAAAGCCAGGCAAUGCUGGAUGGGCCACAGGCGAGGAUAACACACAAUAUGAAGGAAAAGGACAUUUGCAUUUCAAGUGAAGAGCUGUCAAUCACCCCAAGGCCAAAGUUGAUUGGCUGCAAGGGACACGAUGACAAAGGUAGUCCCUCCUCCAUGGAUACCAUAUCGCUAAAUGAGAUGGACAAAGCAGCGGUGCUCACCUUGAUCAGAGAGGAGAUAAUCACUAAAGAGAUAGAGGCCAACGAGUGGAAGAGAAAGUAUGAAGACAGUCAUAUGGAGGUGUUAGAGAUGAGGAAAAUAGUGGUGGAGUACGAGAAAACAGUUGCACAGAUGAUUGAGGAUGAGCAGCACAAGAGGAGUGUCCUGGGCUCCCAGAAGCGUGUCCAGCAGGUGACUCUGGAGCGGGACCAGGCCCUGGCCGACCUCAACUCUGUGGAGCGCUCACUCUCGGACCUCUUUAGACGUUACGAGAACAUGAAGACCAUCCUGGAAGGCUUUAAGAAGAAUGAAGAGGUGCUGAAGAAGUGUGCCCAAGAGUAUCUGGUCCGCGUCAGACAGGAGGAGCAGAGAUACCACACACUCAAGAUCCAUGCUGAGGAAAAACUAGUCAAGGCUAAUGAAGACAUAGCCCAGGUGCGCUCCAAGGCCGACUCAGAGAGUGUGGCUCUUCAUGCCAGCCUGAGGAAAGAGCAGAUGAAGGUGGACUCCUUGGAGAGAGCCCUCCACCAGAAGAAUCAAGAAAUCGAGGAGCUCACAAAGAUCUGUGACGAACUAAUAGCGAAGCUCGGGACAUCAGACUGAUCAGACCUGAAAUCAUAAACGUUGGAGUUGUUGGAUGUACUGUUCCACCAACUUCUCUCCUCUCUGCCUUUCCAUUGCAGCCAAGGCCUAACCAUCCCCACUGCAGCUAGCUGGAAAAUUACUGUACACACUUCUAUAUGAUCUGAACCCGUCUCUGCUUUUAUUACUCAAACACAUAGCGAGUGACUGCAGUAGUCACCCCUAAUGUUUCAGAUUGGAACAAAUUAACAGCGAAACAGCAAUGAGUAUAUAUAUAUAUAUAUAUAUAUAUAUAUAUAUAUACUGUAUACUGUAUACCUGUAUGUAUAUAUAUAUAUAUAUAUACUCUAUACCUGUAUAUAUAUAUACACACUCAUUGCUGUUUCGCUGUUAAUCUUUUAUUAUAACCAAUUAAGUAUUGACGUGGCAAUUUGUCAUGUUCAAUGUGCAACUUUGAUGCGCAUGUAGGGCCAAAUCUUAACUUUUGGAUAAAUUUGGUUAAGGACCUUUCUGUUGAUUUCUACUUAUUGUAAGUGAAACUAUGUGAAGGAACUAGUAGCAAGUAACCUGUUGUGUUGCGUACUGUGUGUACGGUGUGUUUGUAAAGUGUGUGCCCCAUCAUGGAUUAUCAGUGUUGUCAGAAGAGACAGAGACGUGUGUUCCAGAUAUGGUGUGAGGGAAAUUCUUUUGAUACAAAAAGAGAUCCACCAACUGUAUUUACUUGUGUUCAACAGGUUUACACUUUACACAAUCAUCCUGCUGCUAUUCUAGUUUGUUGUUGUUUUUGAUUAUAUUACAUUUCUGUCUAAUCUCGUUUGAUCUUCUGUUGUUUUGUAUGUUUGUUUGCUCCCAUUCUUUAGGUAGGGCAAUGCUUUUAGGGGUAUGCUAGUAUAAAUCACAUAUUUGUUUUUGAUCAUGGGACAAUAUAUAGACAAUAUUUAGGCCUCAAUCAAUUUUUCUUGUGUUUUACCGCUUAGCCCAUGUAGCCUAUAACUAAAGAGCACUAUUCUCUGACCUCAUCAUAGCACGUAGUAUUACAUGAACAGCUUAACAAAUCUAUCAGUGGAGUAAUGACAUACUCUGUUAUCAUUUUAGUUUCAAUGGGUUGAAACUGCCAUGUUGUUUUUUCUUCUUUAUUUUAGCUAGACACAGCGUAGGGAGCUGUGGCCACAUUGAUUGGCUCUCUGCAGCGCAGCCACAGUUAAGUUUCUCUCUAGGCCUUGGGAAAACAAGACAAAUGUUUUCCAUCAUCACCAUAAUACUUGGGUUGCCAAAUGUUCCCCCUCAAAAUCACUGUGAUAGUGUUCCAGGCUCAAUACCAGUCAUUAUUAGAGAUUAUGAUGGAUCUGUAAACUGUUUCAAUGCAGGUGUGGAUGCUUGUUUAGAUAUAUGUUCUCAGAGCUAUCAAAGAGCUAACUGGUUGCCCAGCAUAACAACUGUUUGCCUAAUGUUAUAACAAUAUAUAGGGCCAGUUCCAAACUACCCUUUAGGACUACAAGGACCUAUAUAGUAUGUGGACAUGGAAGUUGGAGAAGCCCAGAUGAGGUCCUACCUGGGUCAUCGUUUGGGAGUCUUUGACUUAUCGUACAUAUUUCAUGGAUCAACAUCAUAAUCAUCAGUACAGUACAAUCCACUGCCAAAUGUUAUUAUUUUGCCAAAUCAAAGGCUGUUUAAAGCUGCUUUUAAAUGUCUAUAGCUGCCUUAAUGUGUACAUUUUAUAUUGUAUGAAAAUAAUAUAAUUUUAUUUUAAUGGCAGUAUUUGUAGAGGACAUAGUAACAGAAAAGUGAUUUUAUUAUAGUUUCUGAUAUACUGUAUAUUGUGUGUAGAAGGCAUUCCCUGAAUAAAGGUUAUCAUGAUUAA